UAAUAUACUACAAUCAAAUUAUGAAAUUGGAACAACAAACUCAAAUCUCAUCCCCACCUAAAAUUAAAAAACUAGAGCAAGGCAGAACUACUUUACCUCUUGAAUUACUUGUUGAUGUAUUCAGAACCAUCAACACUUAUUCAGAUGGAUUUCCAACAGAUUUGGCUCUGGAUACGGAUAUCGCUAUAAUUAAAGCAAAACAACAAGAGUUGUGGAGUAAAUAUGCUAAAAAGUUGAUGACUUCUUCUUUGAUAGUCUACUCAUCCAUAGGGGAGGCUUUUCGACGAUCGAAGGAAACUGUUGGAACACUUGCUGAGGCUUGUGGUUCAAGCUCGACUUUGGAUCAAACUUGUUGUGACCCGAAGUGCCAGCAAAAAUAUAAUGCUCUCCAAGAGCGAGUCUCUCGUUUGGAAACAGCUUUGAUUGAACAAGCAAUUAUAAUGGCCAAUAGAAUUGACACUGGUGGAGACAGACUUGGAACGCUUGCAUCUGUUGCAGCCUCUUUGGAUGAAGAAUGUUUGAAUAACUUAUGCCAGCAAAGAAAAUCUUCUAUGCAAGGGCGUAUCUCUCGUCUGGAGAUUCUUUAUGAUGAGCAAGCUCAGCUUAUAGUUAAGUUAAGCGAGCGCGUCGCCGAUUGCACAUGUCAAGGAUCUCAAAGUGUUAAACGCAAAAAACCAACCUCUUCACCUGUUAAACCGGUUCAUCCGUGUUCGGUCUGCGUACUUCCUGAAGCUUACAAUUUUUACUUGGACGUGAUGACUUGUCCUCCUUGUAGAAUGUUCUUCAUUGAUGUUGUGCUUAAGAGAGGUGGUGUUAUAUCUAAUGAAUGCCAAUAUAACAUGGAAUGUAAACAAUUAAAUUUGUUUCGCCGAUGCGCUCCGUGUCGUUGGUCUAAAUGUCUGGAGGUUGGACUUAAUCCUAAACGUGUUGGUGAGAAGAGACAAUCUGCUGGUGAUGAGGUAUAG